AUGGAGCAUGCUACUGGUGUGUCGCUGCACGAACGAUGGCCAACAAUGGAUCUGAACGAGCGAAUAGGCUGUAUCAAAUCCAUCUACAUGAACAUGAAAGAAGUCGCUGAGCUCAAAUUCUCGGCCUACGGAAGCAUUUAUCCAAAGAAAGCAGCUGGUGCUAUCUCAAAAUUGUCGUUAGACGAAGAUCACUGCAUUGGGCCACAUUGUGGACCUAGGUAUUGGGACUGUGGCGUCGGAAGUGAGAGAUGCUAUAGGGAUGUAUCACCGAACCAGGGACCUUGGCUCAAUCUUGGCGCAUUCUGUGACGGUCUCGUUGAUACAGGAAGAUCCAGGAUACCAUCAGCGCAACCUUCAAAACCAGCCAUGUUACAAAGGGAACAUCAAGAUGCACCAUGA